AUGUUGAUAGUACCUCGGCCGUACUUCCAUGGUCGUAGUAGCGACCAGCAUGGUGUGAUGUCGUUGUGGCAACUUCCAGGUGGCAGAAACGUUUGCAGAGCUGGCGCCGAGCUCGUCUUCGUCUUUGUUGCCAACAGCAUCCUUGCCUUGCCCAUCCCUGUAGCGGCCCCUGCAGCAGGCUUACUACAGGCUGCGAGUACACGAUUGAUGGCCGCAUGUACAGAGGACGGCGGCCUUCUGAGCCUGCUGUCGCUGCCACGCCGUCCUCGGUACGCUGCUGAGUAG